GCUAGUCUGGCCGUCUGGGCUUGUUCGCGUGCUUACAACAUUUUAUUUUAAUUUUUAGCUUCAAAGUUGAGUGGUUCAUUAUAAGAAAAAUCAUAAGAUGUCUUUACUUGAAAAAGCAAGUGAUUCUGUCAAUAGUCUCUGUCUGAAACUUUAUAACAAACUGGCGGAGGGUAGUCAGGAAAACGUAUUUUUUUCGCCAUCCAGCAUUGGUAUUGCACUUGCUAUGAUCUACGCAGGUGCAAAAGGUAAUACUGCAAAUGAAAUUGAACAACUAAUGGAUUGGAAUGAACCCAACACUGUUGAUGAUAUGAUGCAAAAAUUGCAAGAGUCUGUUUUGUUGUCAUCUGGUCGUGAAGUAAGUCUUGCCAAUGGCUUGUGGGCACAACAGGGAUUCGCCAUUUUGAAUGAAUAUACUGAUUUGCUGAAGUCUCGGUACCAAAUAGAAAUGGGCAAAGAAGAUUUUGAACGAGAGACUGAAAGUGCUAGGAAGGAAAUCAACAAAUGGGUGGAAAAGAAAACAAAUGAUAAAAUGAGGAAUAUUUUAGCUUCUGGGGCUGUUGGGCCACACACAAAGUUGCUGCUGGUUAAUGCUGUGUAUUUCAAAGGUUCAUGGGAAGUGGAAUUCUCAAAGGAGCAUUCAAUGGAUUGGGAAUUCAAGAUUAAUCAAUUAAACACAUGCAAGAUAACACUCAUGAACAAGACUGCCCAGUUUAUGUAUGCAAGGAAUGAUGAUUUGGCAUGUCAAGUUCUCAAGCUUAUGUACAAAGAAAUAGAUCUUGCCAUGAUGGUAUUAUUACCAGAUGAAGUUGACGGGCUACCAAAUCUUGAAAAAAAAUUGAAUGUCACUCAACUUAAGAGAUGUAACGCAAUGUUAACCAAAAGAAAACUUCAGGUAAGUUUGCCGAAAUUCACCACUGAUUGCAAGUUUCAACUAAAAAAGGUCUUAGGUGAGUUGGGUGUGGUUAGUUUAUUCUCAAGCCAAGAUGCCAACCUGUCUGGGAUGACAGGAAGUAAAGACCUAUUUGUAACUGAUGCAAUCCAUCAAGCAUUUGUUGAGGUCAAUGAACAAGGUACUGAGGCAGCAGCAGCCACAGCAAUGAUCAUGGCUCCAACUUGUAUAAGCAUUCCACCUCCACAUUUUUUGGCCGACCAUCCAUUUGUCUUCUUCAUCCAGCACAGUCAAUCUGGUGGAAUAUUGUUUGCAGGGAAGAUUGUUAGUCCAGAGUAUUAAAAAUCUCUGAAACUUUUGUAUAUGCCAUAUUCUGCCUUUUUAAAACAAUAAGAAGUAACUCUUAUGAUUGUUUCACUCUGAUUGUCUACAAAAUAUCUGUAAUCAUGCAAAAAGAAGCAGAUUGGUCAAAAGAGGACAGUGGAGUGAAGACUUUAUAUUGCAACUGUGAAAAAAUUUUAAUGUUUUUGUCCCUCACCAUUCAUUGCAGCUAGUACAAAAUUAGGAUAUUACCAAUGCAGCUAAGUCUCAUACAACAGGCUCUGUGUAAGUUAGUUAAAAAUUAACAAUGUCAGUAUUGGCCAAUCAUUAUCAUGUAUUUUAAUUGACUUUGAAUUUUAUUGUAUUAAAUCAUGUUGAAAAAAUUAGGUCAAAUUACCAUGUUGGAAUUAUUACAUGAGAUGGUAAUUGAAAUUUGAGAUACCAACAACCUCGACCAUUUUCAGAGUCAAAUCAACAAACAUCGUCGUU